AAAAAGCAAAAUGAAAACGAAAACCAAAAUCAAAUCAGAACAGUAGCAGUGAGCUUGUGCUUAGGGUUGUGCUUCUGCUUUUCGACGGCAACUAAGCAAGUGUUCCCUUGCCUUUUCUGGUAAUGGACUCAACUGGUAAUUCUCUUCCAUCUGGUCCAGAUGGGGUGAAACGUAAAGUAUCAUAUUUCUAUGACCCAGAAGUUGGAAACUAUUACUAUGGGCAAGGUCACCCUAUGAAGCCUCAUAGAAUUCGGAUGACGCAUGCUCUUUUAGCUCAUUACGGUUUACUUCAACAUAUGCAAGUGUUUAAGCCUGUUCCUGCAAGAGAAAGAGAUCUUUGCAGGUUCCAUGCUGAUGAUUAUGUGUCCUUCCUUAGGGGCAUUACACCCGAAACGCAACAGGAUCAGUUGAGGCAGCUAAAGAGGUUCAAUGUUGGUGAAGAUUGUCCUGUAUUUGAUGGCCUGUACUCGUUUUGUCAGACUUAUGCUGGUGGUUCAGUUGGCGGUGCUGUCAAGCUCAACCAUGGUCUUUGUGAUAUUGCAAUUAAUUGGUCGGGUGGUUUGCACCAUGCGAAAAAGUGUGAGGCGUCCGGUUUCUGUUAUGUGAAUGAUAUUGUAUUGGCAAUUUUGGAGCUUCUCAAAGUCCAUGAGCGUGUUCUAUAUGUGGACAUUGAUAUCCACCAUGGUGAUGGUGUUGAGGAGGCCUUUUAUACUACAGAUAGAGUCAUGACAGUGUCUUUUCACAAAUUCGGGGAUUAUUUUCCUGGUACAGGAGAUAUUCGUGACAUUGGAUAUGGAAAGGGGAAGUAUUAUUCUCUUAAUGUGCCUUUAGAUGAUGGAAUUGAUGACGAGAGCUACCAAUCUCUGUUUAGACCAAUUAUGGGAAAAGUAAUGGAAGUAUUCAAACCUGGGGCUGUUGUUCUGCAAUGUGGUGCUGAUUCUUUAUCUGGUGACAGGUUGGGCUGUUUUAACCUCUCCAUUAGAGGCCAUGCUGAGUGUGUCAAAUACAUGAGGUCCUUCAAUGUCCCACUACUGUUGGUUGGUGGAGGUGGAUAUACUAUAAGAAAUGUAGCUCGUUGCUGGUGUUAUGAGACUGGGGUUGCCCUUGGAAUCGAACUUGAUGAUAAAAUGCCACAGCAUGAAUACUUUGAGUACUUUGGUCCUGAUUAUACACUUCAUGUUGCUCCUAGUAACAUGGAAAACAAGAACUCACGCCCCAUGUUGGAUGAUAUUAGAGCAAAACUUAUCGACAAUCUCUCAAAGCUACAGCAUGCACCAAGUGUUCCAUUCCAGGAGCGUCCUCCUGAUACUGAGCUACCGGAGGAAGAUGAAGAUCAGAAAGAUCCAGAUGAAAGAUGGGAUGCAGAUUCUGAUAUGGAGGCUGAUGAUCACCGUCCUAUAUCAAUCCGGAACCGAGUAAAGAGAGAGAUCAUUGAUCCUUAUGCCAAAGUAACAGAGGAUGUCAAAGAACAUGUGGAUCAUGCAAGAGACAUGGCUGUCUCUUAUGGCACAGGGAGUACGUCUUUGAAGGCAGUAAACAUGGGUUCAGAUCAACAAGAAGCUUGUGUGAAAAUGGAGCUGGACAGCUCAAACAAGCCCCCGGAUCAGCCGACUGAUAUGAUUUCAUGAGGAGGUUUUUUGACAUACUUUUCAUGUUAACACCACGGUGUAGAUUUUUGAGACGUGUUAUGUAUCCUUGUAAAUUGAUGAGGGCUUUAUUGAUCCUAUUGCAAGUCGAGUAGAUUAGUUGUUGCUAAACUUUUGUAGUCGAUGAACGUGAUGCAGAUAACAUUCUCUUGAGUAAUUAACGAAGCCAUGUGUUGUCGUCGUAGGCAACAGUUGUGGUGCAAGUCGUAAGAACUUGCGGAUGAUAGUUUGUUCCAUCAUUUGUUGGCCAAUGGUUUAUGUUGAUUUUACAGUUAUGGAUAAA